UGUGCUGAUGUUUAUAAAACAGAUGAAGCAGAAGCGCUGCAGCUGAUCAUCAGAAGCUCGUGCACAGCAGGUGUGUUUACUGAUUUAACUGUCACGUCAGCUGAGUGUCACAGUGGGGAGGUGGUGCAGCUGCAAAGAUGUCCAGACAUAGCACAUUGACGGCAGCUGUGGCCACUAUGUUAGGUGCCACGCUCGGUGGUUUGUUCAUAUGGCGCAGCAUUCGCUCUCAGAAGAGGAAAGCCCUGAAAGACCCCGCUACAGCCGAGCCCAUUCAAGCCCAGCUGGAGCCGGACGUCACCCAAUCAGAGCCUGCGAAACAACAGCGAUCCGCGCCAACACAAACCCAAAAGCCUGUGCCAUUGACGCCCGUCGAUGCCCUGUUACAGGUGCCGCCUGCUAUCGUCAGUUCCUCAGAGGAGUGGGAGACGCUUUGGCCUGCGUUCCAGAAAGACCUGUCAGUCUAUCCGGUUCUGGGAUUGGACUGUGAAUGGGUAAAACGCAUGCGUGUAAGAGUGGGUGUAAGUGGUGAAAUGAAACGGUCUCGUCUUAGUAUCGCGUUCCUUCACAAGAUGUUCUCUGACCCGCAGGUGUCCUUCAAAGGCAAGGCCUCCGCGGUCUCCUUACUCCAGUUGGCGACGUUCACUGGCCGCUGUGUGCUGGUCAGACUGCUGACGUUUCGUGACGCACAGCUUCCUCUGCCCAAAAGUCUCGUCAGGGUCCUCUCAGACCCCCGUGUACUUAAAGUGGGGGUGGGAUGUUUUGAGGAUGGAAAGCGCCUGGCUAAUGAUCAUGGCUUGGCUCUUGAAUGCACAGUGGACCUUCGCUAUCUGGCUCUUAGACAGAGGCAAGCUGUUUUGAAUAAUGGACUGAGUCUGAAGUCUCUGGCCUCAGACCUGCUGAAUAUCACACUGGACAAAUCCCACGAGCUGCGCUGCAGUGACUGGGAGGCAGACAUACUGACCCAGGAACAGAUGACCUAUGCAGCCCGUGACGCGCAGAUCUCCAUUGCGAUUUUCUUUCACCUGCUGCAGCUGAGUGCCGAGCUCAGCUGCCCCGCUGAGGGUGAAAGCGUGUUUGUUCAGUUGGCAUCACGGUGCCAGGGGCUGGUAGAUUUGCCCUUUAGAGGGCACUGUGGAGGAGAGCGAGAAGAAGGGGAAAGGAGGAGACGGAGCAGGAAGUCCACCGCGGACAGUCCUGAGUCUGGAGACCAGCAAGUUCCAGACCCGCGGAGGAACAAACGGAAACCACUGGGAGUGGGUUAUUCUGCCAGGAAAUCUCCCCUUUAUGAUAACUGCUUCCUUCACGCACCCGACGGCCAGCCGCUCUGCACAUGUGACAAAAAGAAAGCUAAAUGGUACCUGGAGAAGGGAAUUGGAGAGUUGGUCAGUGAAGAUCCUUUUAUUGUCCGGCUCCUGUUCGAGCCAUCAGGUCGUCCAGACUCACAGAAAGAUUAUUACCUCACGGCCAAAGAGAAUCUGUGUGUGGUGUGUGGGAAACUGGAGUCUUACAUCAGGAAGAACAUUGUCCCACACGAGUAUAGGCGUCACUUUCCAUCCGAGAUGAAGGACCACAACUCGCACGACAUCCUGCUGUUGUGUACUGCCUGUCACGCAGCGUCCAACGUGCACGAUGGCGUCCUGAAGCAGCAGCUGGCGGAGGAACACUUGGCUCCGCAGGGGUGCGAGGAGGGCAUGAGACUGCUCGAAGACGCAGACCGCCGGCGAGUACGCUCGGCCGCUCGUGCUCUUCUCAGCGCCGGUGACGGGAUGCCAGAGUCCAGACGCGAGGAGCUCCUGUCUGUCAUCCAGAGUUUCUUUUGUGACGGUCAGCAAAUCACACAAGAGAUGCUUCAGAUGGCUGCGGCGCUCGAGACCAGGAUCUUUAACGAGAGUUACGUGCCACACGGACUGAAGGUGGUGCGGGCGUAUGCCGAGCGUGGUCUCUGUGGCCUGAUGGAGUUGGAGAGCCGCUGGCGGCAGCACUUUUUGACGAGCAUGCAGCCACGCUUUUUGCCCACACUUUGGGCGGUCAACCACAACCAUGACAAAUAUCUGCGCAAGUACGGAGCAGACUUAAAAAUCCUGCUCAACUGAUGCCCUCGCCGGUCUUAUACAGAUUAGACUUCAUGCUGAGAUGGAAAGGUUUCCUCGUCUUAUAAACCCUGUGUUGGUCAUGAGAUGAACUCUGAUCACAGGCAAGUCCUGGUGACUAAAUUGGGCCCCAAGGGAUCAGAUGGAGACUCUUGUGGGAUCAGAAGCCACUGUGGUGAAUGAAAGGACACCUCAUGCAUUGUGCAAUGGUGACAGGUACAAUUACUGCGUUAUGUGCACACUUUUUUAAUGUUUAAAAGCUGUGGAGAUAAGCAUUCAGAUUUCUCUGUAAAACAUUGACAUUUUAACCAGCCCAAACCUGCUCUUAAUUCUUAACCAUAAUGAAUUAAAUAAAAUAUUCAUAGCGUACAAUUCUUGCAGGUUUGUGGCCAUAUUAAAUAUUUUGUUAAGUGUUAAAUCAGUUUCUCCUGUGAUCUUGUUUUUUAUCAUGGAGCUUUACCAUUUUUGUGAACAAUACACGCUGGUUUUUGUUCAGUGGGUUUUGAGAAAAACUCAACUUAAAGUUUGAUCAGAUCUUCAUACAAUACAUCAAUCAUGUUGUCUGUAAUAUGUAAAGGAUCAUUUUCAGAUGUCAGGACACAUUGUCGUGUAUAAACCCGACUGUACACAAACCCCACAGCUCAUUGGUCUCAAUCACUGAUUCAGAUUUCUGUAGCGCCAGUUUGUGUUACAGCCUGAGAGAUUUCAGCUCCAUGGAUGAUAAAUGUAAACGCCGAGCUCAAGGACACUGAGAGUUUAACACUUAUUAUUAUUUAACUUAAGAAACAUUACAGCUUUUCUUUUUAUUUACAUUUGUCCAGAUGUAACCUAUUUAAAGCUAAUGUGUUUCCUUAUUGUCAAUAAAGAUAUUUAAUGUCAUAUCUAAGGACUUGGAAAUGAUAUACUGUAUGUGAGUAGCACGGUAUAUUUGUAGAAAUACCCAACAAUACAUUGUAUGGGUCAAAGUUAUAGUUUAUAAGGUAAAGAUCAUGUUCCAUCAAGAUGUUUUGUAAAUUUCCAUCCAUAAAUAUAUCAAAAUGUAUUUAUCAUUAGUAAUAUGUGUUGCUGCUAAGGACUUUAUUUGGUCCUUUAACUUUAAAGGUCAUUUUCUCAAUAUAUGGAUUUUUGCACCCUCAGUUUUCAGAUUUUCAAUAUCCCAAAUAUUGUCUUAUCCUAACAAACCAUACAUUAAUAGAGAUCUUAUUUAAUCAUCUUUCAGGUGAUGCAUAAAUCUUAAUUUCAAAACAUUGGGUCUCAUUCACUAAGCAUGCAUAUGUACGAAUUUGUGCAUGAAAUGUGCGUACAGAAGUUUUCACGAAUAAAUCAUGAUUCAAUAAAAACUUUCAUACUAAAAUUUCUUUGAUUAUUG